CACAUUCUCCCAGACUCCUGAGCCCUGGGUCCAGCCAUGGGCCCCUCCAGCAUCUUCCUGUGCAUCCUGUUCCUCUGUGGGGCACUGGGUCUCACCACGCCCCCGCCCCCUGCCCGAGGUCGGCUCCGCUGUUACACCUGCAGCUUUGCCAAACCCUGCUACCCGGUUCCCACCGAGUGUCAGGAGGACGAAGCUUGUGGCAUCAGUAUUGGCACCUCAGAGCAGAAUGAGAUCAUCGAGCGGAAGGGCUGCCUCCCACGGGCCCAGUGCCCUCUGCAGGGCCAUGCUACCUACUGGUCGCGCUCCUACGCUCUGCGGCACCACUGCUGUGAGCAGGACCUGUGCAACACAGCCACCACGCUGCGGCAGCUCCCCAGCCCCCUACUCGCCACCCUGCUCCUCCUUGCAGCCAGCUUCACCUGGGGAGGCCCCCUCCUCCGCUGGCUUCAAGCCAAUCUGCAGCCUUCAACCCAGGACUCUGCCCCCCUCCUCACCGCCCUCAAGACCCCUGCAUCUGAGAUAUGCCCAAGAACCUGAUUCUGUAGAGAACUCCGAUUCCCAGCC